UUUUUUACUUGACUAUAAAUACCUCCCUUACCAACCUGCCUAGCCACAGCCAUUUAUCAGCUUUUCAUUGAUUAGCAUCUUGUCCGAUCGAUCAAUUUCAUUUCUUUUUGAGUUUCAUUGCUCCAGUUUUUUGGGCACAAUGACCAUUACCAUUGAGCAGCCACAGCUUGAAAUAUCACAAGUGGAUCAGGACAAGGAGAUUUCUUCUGAAACAAAGGAUUUGGUGUUGGAUGGUGGAUUUGUGGUGCCUAAAACUGUCCCAAACAAUACUGAAUUGGCAGCAGAAGAUCUUGUUUCAAACAAUGACUUCUUGGCUCCAGAAAUCAAUUCAUUUGGCCACUCAUUCAGAGAUUAUGAUGCAGAAAGUGAAAGGCAAAAGGGUGUGGAGGAAUUCUAUCGCCUGCAACACAUCAACCAAUCAUAUGAUUAUGUGAAGAGAAUGAGAGAGGAGUAUGGGAAAUUGAACAGAGUGGAGAUGAGUAUAUGGGAAUGUUGUGAACUCCUGAACGAGGUCGUGGACGACAGUGAUCCAGACUUGGAUGAACCUCAAAUCAUGCACUUGCUACAAUCGGCUGAGGCAAUCAGAAAAGAUUAUCCAGAUGAAGAUUGGUUGCACUUGACUGCCCUUAUCCAUGAUCUUGGAAAGGUUCUCCUUCUUCCUAGCUUUGGAGGGCUUCCUCAAUGGGCUGUUGUUGGAGACACAUUUCCUCUUGGCUGCGCUUUUGAUGAAGCCAAUGUUCAUCACAAGUAUUUCAAGGAAAAUCCUGAUUACAACAAUCCUGCUUACAAUACCAAGAAUGGAAUUUACACAGAAGGAUGCGGAUUCGACAAUGUGAUGAUUUCAUGGGGCCAUGAUGACUACAUGUACUUGGUGGCCAAGGCAAAUGGAACAACCCUUCCUCCUGCUGCAUUAUUCAUUAUCCGAUACCAUUCUUUUUAUCCUUUGCAUACUGGGGGAGCGUACAAACACCUAAUGAAUGAGGAGGACGCUAAGAAUUUGAAGUGGCUGAAAGUAUUCAACAAGUAUGAUCUUUACAGCAAGAGCAAAGAGAAAAUAGAUGUGGAAAAGGUCAAGCCGUACUAUCUUUCUCUCAUUGAGAAGUAUUUCCCAGCAAAGCUCAGAUGGUGAACCUUCGAGUUUUGUUGCUACCGGAUGGUUAACUAAGGAAAUGGCUGCUACGCGUGAUGAGUGAUGUUUUACUGCAAGUGGAAAUUCAAAAAAGCUGUCUUUUCUUCUGGUGUUAAAGCUGUAUAAGUUGCCUGUCAUUUUAUGUAUUACUUGUCAUUUGGUCGAUCCAAAUUUGUUUCUGCUUCUAUCUGAUAAUCAAUUCGUUAUGAUAUUCAUCUUGGUUUAUCCAA